AUGGAUUCAGAAUACACAUAUCAGCCGUAGUAUAUUUGGAAGACCACAGCCAAUGAUGGACUUCUUCCCAUAACAAAUUUUACUGAGGAAAUAAAUGAAAGUGAGAUGCGUAAGAGAGGAAAGAAUAAAGAUUAGGGAAAAGAAUUAGGAGUCAUUACUGAGUUAAAAGAUGAAUAGGAAUAGUAAAAAUAAAGAUAGAAAGGAUUUUCGAAUGGGUUUUACGUUUAUGUUGCAAAUAAAGGUGUAUAUGGUCUUAUAAAAUCAAAGAAAAGUGAUACUCAGUAUGUGUUAAAAGUGAAGAACGCAUUAUCAAAUGAAUUUGAUGAUUUGGAGGUUGAUACAACUGUAGAUGAUGUUAAAACAGACAUAGAACUUUGUAUCAGGGUAGUCAUAAGUGAAGACAAAAGAUUUUCACUCAUUGUUAAAAAGCAAACAAAUGACAAAAUGAAGGCCAUUGCAGAAGAACUUGCAGAGUUAUUGAAUAUUAAGAAGUAUUCACUAACUUUUUUCUACAGGGGAGAGAAGAUUAGCUUCAAUGAAAGGUUUGGAGAUAGGAAUAUAGGAACACCUUCGAAAGCUCAGAAUAAUAGUAUUUCGAACUCCGUAAGUGGAGAAAGUGCAAGUGACAAUUUCAUUUUAUGCUUAAAAGGUGGAAAUGAGGGCCCUAAGUAUUGGAAGAGAUUCAUGACUGUUGAUGAUCCAUGUCGUUAAUUGAGUUAUAUUGCAGAUGAUGAGGCAUUCGAUGCUAUAUCUUUUGUCCCCAAAAAAGAUAUUUCUUUCACCGGAUUUAGUGUUUAUCCCGUGGCUAAUACUGACAUUGACUUCAAAUGCAUUUAUAAAUACAAAAUAGGCAGUGAGUCUUCUUAAGAAGCAAUAGCAGAGUUCACACAAGCAGAUGUCGAUAAAAAGCAUGUGGAUAUAAUCUUUGAUUAGGAAAUCCCAGUUCAAGCAAAUAAACCAAUCACAAUUAUGGUGAGAUUUACUGCUGGAGAGGAAUUUUUCUGCAGUACAUUACUGGGCUAUUAGGGAGAAAACUAUAUGAAUAUUCCAGAAAAUGAGGAUAAGGAAUUGUUUGAAAUCAGGGAAACCUCAGAUUGCACAAAGGGAGAAACUGAUCUAAGGUUUGGGUAAAUACCACGCAUAAUAUACUUUCUUUAGUGA